AUGAGCACCCAUUCCAACAGCCCGAGCGUGCCACAAGUAGCGCAGAACGCUGUGCUUAUGCGAUCAGAGGAUCUUGAAGGAAAGUGUGCACGUGUUCGCGGAUAUGAUUUCAACGAGGGUGUCAAUUACGAGAAGCUUAUGCAAUCGUAUGUGACUAUGGGAUACCAAGGCACGAAUCUGGGCGAGGCCAUUGAAGAAAUUAAGCGUAUGCGUCAGUGGCGUCUUGCUGAUGAUCCUGUUUCUCCAGAUGAACAUGACGAGGAGCGCAAGGACCCACAGUUUCGCAAGAAAAUCAAGACUAAAAUUUUUCUGGGUUACACAUCCAACCUCAUCUCCAGUGGUCUACGCGAGACACUGCGUUUUCUAGCACAGCAUAAGAUGGUGGAUGUGAUUGUAACAUCUGCAGGUGGUAUUGAAGAGGAUUUGAUCAAGUGCUUGGCUUCUACUUAUGUUGGAGACUUUUCGUUGAAUGGAGAAAACUUGCGUCGUCGUGGUAUCAAUCGUAUCGGCAAUUUACUUGUUCCAAACGGUAACUAUUGCAAAUUCGAAGACUGGAUGAAUCCCAUCUUAGAUGAUAUGCUACAACAGCAAAAAUUACACGGAGUUACUUGGUCUCCAUCUACGAUGAUCCGUCGAUUUGGCAAGGAAAUUGACCAUGAAGACUCAGUCUGCUACUGGUGCUAUAAGAACAACAUUCCCAUUUUCUGUCCGUCGCUCACGGAUGGAUCGAUCGGUGAUAUGAUUUACUUCCACUCAUAUCGUCACAAAGGUCUCAUCGUGGAUAUUGCUAGCGAUAUCCGCCGCAUAAACGAUCACACGAUUCGUGCCCCAGGUAAGACAGGGGUGAUUAUUUUAGGAGGAGGCAUGGUGAAACACCACAUUUUGAAUGCCAAUCUCAUGCGCAAUGGUGCCGACUAUGCCGUGUUUGUAAAUACUGGGCAAGAGUUUGAUGGAAGUGACGCUGGUGCACGACCUGAUGAAGCUGUGUCAUGGGGCAAACUACGUCUAGGAUCUAAGCCAGUAAAACUGUAUGCGGACGCUACGCUAGUAUUCCCGCUCAUCGUAGCGGAGACAUUUGCAAAAGACUUUCAUACUGUCAAGGAGAGCAAUGCUAUUGAGAACUCGUGA